AAAAAAUAACAUAUGUGUAUGCACGUGUUCCAACGAAAAACGGUGUAAAAGAUUGAUUAAUAUAUCUUGAAAGAAAUUAAGAAGGAUGGAAAAAGCCAUUAUUGAUGGGGUAAAAAAAGAAGGAAGUCUAGAGCGUCAAGCUGACCUUAACGAUGUUAACGAUGAAUUCGCCUAUUUGCAGCGAAAUGAAUUUACUUCGGAGGUUUUUAAAAUUGAAGUUCGUAACUUGGGAUACUUUGGCAUAGGAGAAUUGAAAAAGUUAUUGAGGAAUAAACUUAAACUUGAUAUGAGUAAAAUCAAGAGUCCAACGCAUAAGGAAUUUGCAUUUGUAUGCUUUCGUAGUCAAGCCGAUCAGCAGAAGGCUAUUAAAAUACUGAAUGGUUACAAAUGGAAGGGCAAAAUUUUACGAGCUUUUGUUGCCAAAGCGUCAGCUGAUCCACUACAGAAAAAACGCAAAGAAGAGAAUCAAAAUGAUAAGCAAACGUAUCCUGUUAAUAAAAAGCAACGUACCUCGGCAGAAGCUACCUGUCCAUUGGCAGGAAUGCCAUAUGAGGAGCAAUUAAAGCAGAAAAGCUCUAAUAUGGAGGAGCUAAUCAAAACUUUUAAGGGUGAAUUAAUAAAAAUAAAUAAAAGUGCUUCGAAGCCUUUGGAAGAUUUCAAAUUCGAAGGUGUUGAGCCAUCGCCCCAAAUCACUGGUUAUCGCAAUAAGAAUGAAUUUACGGUAGGUAAAAAUUCGAACGGAGAAAUUGUUGUUGGAUUUCGUUUGGGCAGCUACGCGGAUGGAUCAGUAGAAGUGUCGGAAGUUGACCAUUUGCCCCAUUUGCCGGACGCGGCAAAAUGGGCAGCGCGCACAUUUCAACAAUUAGUUAGACAUUCUAAGUAUGAGCCUUUUAAUCCGGAAACAAAUAGUGGACAUUUUCGGCAACUUACGGUACGCACUUCCUCACAAACUAAAGAAAUUAUGUUGAUGGUUGGAAUUUAUUCUUCUAAUUUAAAUGAAACUGAUUUAGAAGAAAUUAAAAAUGAACUCAUCAACUACUACGAUACGAGAUCGGGGCAAGAAUCACAGUUUACUUGUAGUUCGUUAUAUUAUCAAGAUGUAAAACACCGUGAAGCUGGACAGAUGGUAUCUCCAAUAGAACACCUUUUUGGCGCUACACACAUCACAGACAAUAUUGACAAUCUGGAAUUCCGCAUUAGUCCGUUGGCAUUUUUUCAAAUCAAUACUGCCGCAGCUGAUAUAUUGUACCAAAAAGUUAUUGCCUUAGCUCAGCCGCAAUUGCACUCCACUGUGCUAGACAUAUACUGUGGAAUAGGUAGCAUAGCUUUAGCCUUUUCUAAACACUGUAAACGGGUUCUAGGAGUAGAAAUAAUUUCCACUGCUGUAAAUGAUGCAGAAUAUAAUGCGCAGAAAAAUCGGGUUCAAAAUUGCAAAUUUUACGCAGGGAAUGCUGACGAUUACAUACAAUCUAUGGUCAAAGAGGUGAUAUAUGACACUGCUCCCGGAGAACAGCUAGAUCUAAUAGCGGUAGUAGAUCCGCCAAGAGCUGGAUUACACAAUCGAUCUAUUGCAGCGAUACGAGCUGCCUCCGCUAUCAAGCGUUUGGUGUAUAUAUCCUGUAAUCCUGAACGUGCCCGUCUUAAUUGGAUUGAAUUGGGUCGGCCCGAAUCUAAGCAAUAUAAAGGCAAUCCAUUCUUUCCCAAAACAGCUAUUGCAGUUGACAUGUUUCCGCAUACUACACAUACGGAAUUGAUCGUUUUAUUCGAGAGACAAGUGGAAAAUGUACUUGAAGAGAAUUCAACGAAAACGGAUGGAAACGCGGUUGAAGUAUGAUUGGCACACUUCUCACGAUAAUGGCUUCUUAACAUCAAUUCCCAGUGUCCUAAGAACUUUAUCGGAUUGAUUGGAAUGUGCCAAAAAAAAUUCGGAAAUUUGCUAUGAGAGAAUUUUCUGAAUUUUGAUUUUUGAAGAGAACCCA